GGCAGAGCAUCCUGCGCCUCGGCGCGGGCUACCGCAGUAGCCUCGGGCUGCUCCCCUAGACCUGCCGCAGACCCAGUGCGGACAACAGAAACUGCCGCCAUGACCACCCACGUCACCCUGGAAGAUGCCCUGUCCAACGUGGACCUGCUGGAAGAGCUUCCCCUCCCUGACCAGCAGCCAUGCAUCGAACCCCCGCCUUCCUCCAUCAUGUACCAGGCUAACUUUGACACAAACUUCGAGGACAGGAAUGCGUUUGUCACAGGCAUUGCAAGGUACAUUGAGCAGGCUACAGUCCACUCCAGCAUGAAUGAAAUGCUGGAGGAAGGGCACGAGUAUGCGGUCAUGCUAUACACCUGGCGCAGCUGUUCCCGGGCCAUCCCCCAGGUGAAAUGCAACGAGCAGCCCAACCGCGUGGAGAUCUAUGAGAAGACAGUGGAAGUGCUGGAGCCGGAGGUCACUAAGCUCAUGAAGUUCAUGUACUUUCAGCGCAAGGCCAUCGAACGCUUCUGCAGUGAGGUGAAACGGCUGUGCCAUGCUGAGCGGAGGAAAGACUUUGUCUCCGAGGCCUACCUCCUGACCCUGGGCAAGUUCAUCAACAUGUUUGCAGUCUUGGACGAGCUGAAGAAUAUGAAGUGCAGCGUCAAGAACGAUCACUCUGCCUACAAGAGGGCAGCGCAGUUCCUGAGGAAGAUGGCGGACCCCCAGUCUAUCCAGGAGUCACAGAACCUGUCCAUGUUCCUGGCCAACCACAACAGGAUCACCCAGUGUCUCCACCAGCAACUGGAAGUGAUCCCAGGCUAUGAGGAGCUGCUGGCUGACAUUGUCAACAUCUGUGUGGAUUACUACGAGAACAAGAUGUAUCUGACCCCCAGUGAGAAGCACAUGCUCCUCAAGGUAAUGGGUUUUGGUCUCUACCUGAUGGAUGGAAAUGUCAGUAACAUUUACAAACUGGAUGCCAAGAAGAGAAUCAACCUCAGCAAAAUCGAUAAGUUCUUUAAGCAGCUGCAGGUGGUGCCCCUUUUCGGCGACAUGCAGAUAGAGCUGGCCAGAUACAUUAAGACCAGUGCUCACUAUGAAGAGAACAAGUCCAAGUGGACGUGCACCCAGAGCAGCAUCAGCCCUCAGUACAAUAUCUGCGAGCAGAUGGUUCAGAUCCGGGAUGACCACAUCCGCUUUAUCUCCGAACUCGCUCGCUACAGCAACAGUGAGGUGGUGACGGGCUCCGGGCUGGACAGCCAGAAGUCAGACGAGGAGUACCGCGAGCUCUUUGACCUGGCCCUGCGGGGCCUGCAGCUCUUGUCCAAGUGGAGCGCCCACGUCAUGGAGGUGUACUCCUGGAAGCUCGUUCACCCCACAGACAAGUUCUGCAACAAGGACUGCCCGGGCACGGCCGAGGAGUAUGAGCGAGCCACCCGCUACAACUACACCAGUGAGGAGAAGUUUGCCUUCGUCGAGGUGAUCGCCAUGAUCAAAGGCCUGCAGGUGCUCAUGGGCAGGAUGGAGAGCGUCUUCAACCAGGCCAUCAGGAACACCAUCUACGCAGCCCUGCAGGACUUUGCCCAGGUGACCCUGCGUGAACCCCUCAGGCAGGCAGUGCGGAAGAAGAAGAAUGUCCUCAUCAGUGUCCUACAGGCAAUUCGGAAAACCAUCUGUGACUGGGAAGGAGGCCGAGAGCCCCCCAAUGACCCGUGCUUGAGAGGGGAGAAGGACCCCAAAGGUGGAUUUGACAUCAAGGUGCCCCGGCGUGCCGUGGGGCCCUCCAGCACACAGCUGUACAUGGUGCGGACCAUGCUUGAAUCGCUCAUCGCAGACAAAAGCGGCUCCAAGAAGACCCUGCGGAGCAGCCUGGAUGGACCCAUCGUCCUCGCCAUAGAGGACUUCCACAAGCAGUCCUUCUUCUUCACCCACCUGCUCAACAUCAGUGAAGCCCUGCAGCAGUGUUGUGACCUCUCCCAGCUCUGGUUCCGAGAAUUCUUCCUGGAGUUAACCAUGGGCCGGCGAAUCCAGUUCCCUAUUGAGAUGUCCAUGCCCUGGAUUCUAACAGACCAUAUCCUGGAAACCAAAGAACCUUCCAUGAUGGAAUACGUCCUCUACCCUUUGGAUCUGUACAACGACAGCGCCUACUAUGCUCUGACUAAGUUUAAAAAGCAGUUCCUGUACGAUGAGAUCGAAGCUGAGGUGAACCUGUGUUUUGAUCAGUUUGUCUACAAGCUGGCGGACCAGAUCUUUGCUUACUACAAAGCAAUGGCUGGCAGUGUCCUGUUGGAUAAACGUUUUAGGGCUGAAUGUAAGAAUUAUGGAGUCAUCAUUCCAUACCCACCAUCCAACCGCUACGAAACGCUGUUGAAGCAGAGACAUGUCCAGCUUUUGGGUAGAUCAAUUGACUUGAACAGACUCAUUACCCAGCGCAUCUCUGCCGCCAUGUAUAAAUCCUUGGACCAGGCCAUCAGCCGCUUUGAGAGUGAGGACCUGACCUCCAUCGUGGAGCUGGAGUGGCUGCUGGAGAUCAACAGGCUCACACACCGGCUGCUGUGUAAGCACAUGACCCUGGACAGCUUCGAUGCCAUGUUCCGGGAGGCCAAUCACAACGUGUCUGCCCCCUACGGCCGCAUCACCCUGCAUGUCUUCUGGGAGCUGAACUUCGACUUCCUCCCCAACUACUGCUACAAUGGGUCCACCAACCGUUUUGUCCGAACUGCCAUUCCUUUCACCCAAGAACCGCAAAGAGAUAAACCUGCCAACGUCCAGCCUUAUUACCUCUAUGGGUCCAAGCCUCUCAAUAUUGCCUACAGCCACAUCUAUAGCUCCUAUAGGAACUUCGUGGGACCCCCUCAUUUCAAGACCAUCUGCAGACUCCUGGGUUACCAGGGCAUCGCUGUGGUCAUGGAGGAACUGCUGAAGAUUGUCAAGAGCUUGCUCCAAGGGACCAUUCUCCAAUAUGUGAAAACACUGAUUGAGGUCAUGCCCAAGAUAUGCCGCCUGCCCCGGCAUGAGUACGGCUCCCCAGGGAUCCUGGAGUUCUUCCACCACCAGCUGAAGGACAUCAUCGAGUACGCAGAGCUCAAAACCGACGUGUUCCAGAGUCUGCGGGAGGUGGGAAACGCCAUCCUGUUCUGCCUGCUUAUCGAGCAAGCUCUGUCUCAGGAGGAAGUCUGUGAUUUGCUCCAUGCUGCACCCUUCCAAAACAUCUUGCCUAGAGUCUACAUCAAAGAGGGGGAGCGUUUGGAGGUCCGGAUGAAACGCCUGGAAGCCAAGUACGCGCCACUUCACCUGGUCCCUCUGAUAGAGCGGCUGGGGACCCCUCAGCAAAUCGCCAUCGCUCGGGAGGGCGACCUCCUGACCAAGGAGCGGCUGUGCUGCGGUCUGUCCAUGUUUGAGGUCAUCCUGACCCGCAUCCGGAGCUACCUGCAGGACCCCAUCUGGCGGGGCCCCCCGCCCACCAACGGCGUCAUGCACGUCGACGAGUGCGUGGAGUUCCACCGGCUGUGGAGUGCCAUGCAGUUCGUCUACUGCAUCCCCGUGGGGACCAAUGAGUUCACAGCUGAGCAGUGUUUUGGAGACGGCCUGAACUGGGCUGGCUGCUCCAUCAUCGUCCUGCUGGGCCAGCAGCGUCGCUUCGACCUGUUUGACUUCUGUUACCACCUGCUGAAAGUACAGAGGCAGGACGGGAAGGAUGAAAUCAUUAAGAAUGUGCCCCUGAAGAAGAUGGCAGACAGGAUCAGGAAGUACCAGAUCCUGAACAAUGAGGUUUUUGCCAUCCUGAACAAGUACAUGAAGUCCGUGGAGACGGACAGUUCCACCGUGGAGCAUGUGCGCUGCUUCCAACCACCCAUCCACCAGUCCCUGGCCACCACCUGCUAGGUGGAAGGUCCUGCAAAACCUCGACCUGGAGGAGAAGAAGCAGGAAAGAGAAAGCCACAACCAGCCUGCAACAGGCUCCGACUGGACAGUGUGUGGGAUGGACCUGGAAGGAAACAAGAACCUCCCCAAACACAUCUGCACCUCCUGAGGGCUGGGCCUGUGCAUGCUCUCCCACAACAUCUCCAUGGUGGUUUCUCCAUAGUGUAAAUGAAAAAAAAAAAAAAAAAAAGAAAAGAAAAGAAA